AGCAUUAUGCCAAUCAUGGAGUGGUUCAGUAGCUCCAGUAUCGUGAGUGUUUUUACCGUAAUUUUAAUAAGUUCUCUUCCGAUAUUAUUUCUAUUCUGGAUUUAUGCCAAUUAUAAAUUAAAUUAUUGGAGGCGUCGGGGUGUGGGACAGUUACCGAACACCGAUUUACUGUUUGGAAAUUUUAAAGAUGCCGUCCUAUUUCGAACAGCUCCAGGGUGGCACCUGGGGAAUCUUUAUCGCGCUGCGAGGGAUGAUGCACCUUUUGUCGGAUUCUACAUAUUCCACAAGCCCUGUCUGCUCCUGCGAGAUCCGGAGAUCAUUAAGCAGAUUCUUGUUCGGGAUUUUGAAAAUUUUUCCGAUCGACAUUUCGCGGGGAGUCAGCAGAAGGACAGCAUUGGCAUGAAGAACCUUUUUGGACUCAAAAAUCCAGCGUGGAAGUAUCUGAGGGCUAAAAUAACCCCCACCCUGACCAGGGGAAAAUUGAAGCAAAUGUUUCCACUGAUGACUGACAUCGCAGACAAUAUGAUAAAUUAUAUGAAAGAUCAGAAAAUUGGGAAGGAUAAUACGAGAGUCAUUGAUGCUCAGGAACUUAAUUAUAAAUUUACGACUGACCUGAUUGCAAGUGUUGCCCUUGGGACGCAGAUGGAUUCGUUUAAUUAUCCUAAUGAAGAGUUUUCGAAGUGCGUAUCCGAAUUUUUCCACGGGUUCAAGCGAAUGGUUGCCCUCGUCACCGUCUUCUUCAUGCCCGAGUUGGUUGAAAAAAUUGGUUCCAACAUACUUUUCGAUUCCAAAUUCGUACGAAAAGUGUUCUGGAAUGCCGUCGACGAGCGCGAGAAGAGCGGCUCGAAAAGAGGCGACUUCAUUGACUCUCUCGUACAACUCAAGAAUGGAGAACAAAAUCCCGCUUACAAGUUCGAAGGAGAAAAUCUUCUGUACCAAUCGGGAACAUUUUUCUCCGGGUUCGAGUCCAGUUCGACAACCACAUCAUUCACCCUCAUGGAAUUGGCGAAAAAUGAAGAGUAUCAGGAACGAGCGAGGAAAGAUGUCCUGAGGGCAGUUGCUGAGCAUGGCUGGACCUACGAUGCCAUAAAUGAUAUGAAAUAUUUGGAUCAAUGUAUCUCAGAAGGUGUAAGACUGCAUCCUCCUGUGUCUACGAUCGACAGAUUUACGAGAGAGGAGUACAAGAUACCCGGCACUGAUAUCGUCUUAGAAAGUGGAACACCUAUUUAUAUAUCAUUAUAUGGACUUCAGGAGGAUCCAAAAUUCUUCGACGAUCCUGGAGUCUUCAAUCCUGAACGUUUUCAGGACGGCCGUCAAAUUUCGGAAGCCUACAUACCAUUUGGUCUGGGUCCGAGGAUGUGUGUCGGCAUGAAAGUGGGUCAAUUACACGCCAAAGUUGUGAUAUCAAUGAUUCUAAAGGAGUACGAGGUUUAUCAGCAUCCGGAGGACAAAAGCUAUCUGGAUCCACGUUCAACUUUUACAGCUGCUGCUAAUGGAAUUAUCUUGCACUUCAGAAAACUUGAUACAGAGGAAAAAUCAGGAAAUUCCGUUGGAUUGAUGCAUUAUUCAGCUGUAAUCAAACGACCGACAGUAACUUAUCGUAUAAGACCCAUUACCGAAGUUGUAAAUUUCCUCGAUACCAUCUCCCCACUGCGACCACCGGUCACCAUACGGAGAUCCCAUCCAGAAAGAGAGUAUUUAAAGGAAUCGCCAUCAAGAAAAAUUUCAAUGAUGAAUACAGUGAUCAGCAUCAGUGGUGUCAAUAUGAUUAACACAGUUGUUGUGGCGUUAAUCGGUCUGUUUUGCAUCUUCUUAUAUUUUAUUUACGCGAAUUAUAAAUUGAAUUAUUGGAAGCGUCGGGGUGUGGAGCAGUUGUCGAAUACCGAUCUAUUUUUUGGACAUUUCAAGGAUGGUGCCUUAUUUCGGACACCUCCAGGAUGGCACUUGAGGACGCUGCAUCAUGCUGCCAACAAAAAUUCCCCUGUCGUCGGCUUCUACAUAUUUCACACAGCUUGUCUACUUGUACGGGAUCCUGAUCUUAUAAAACACCUUUUAAUUAGGGAUUUUGAUAAAUUUUCGAAUCGAUAUUUCGCUGGAAAUAGCCAGAAGGAUAGCCUGGGCAUGAUAAAUCUGUUCGGAAUCAGAGAUUCGUGGAAAAUCCUUCGGAGUAAAAUAUCACCGGUCUUCAGCAUCGCAAGCUUAAAACAAAUGUUUCCACUACUGGCUAAGGUCGGAGAAAAUAUGGAAAUUUAUCUGAAGGAUCAGGAAGUUCAGGCGGAUGGAACUCGAAUUAUCGACAUGCAGAAAGUAAAUUAUACAGCAUUGACUGAUAUGAUUGCAAGUCUGGCCCUUGGGAUGGAGACCAACACGUUCAAUCAUUCUGACACAGAAAUUGCUCAAUUCGUAUCCAACAUGUUAAAGAGCUUCAAAAGAAAGGUUCUCCUAUUUCUGCUCUUCUUUGUACCGAGUUUGAUGGGAAAGCUCGAUUUUGGCGUCUUUCCAAAUUGCAAAUCAAUUAAAAAAAUAUUCUGGACUGCUAUAGAGGAGCGUGAGAAGAUCGGCUGCAAAAGAGGAGAUUUCAUUGACACCGCUGUCAAACUCAAAAAUGGAACGCAAAAUCCGAUUUACAGGUUCGACGGAGACAAUCUUGUGCAUCAAUUGGGAAUUUUUUUUGCGGGUUUGGAGUCCACCUCAACUACAACAUCGUUUACACUAAUGCAACUGGCGAAAAAUAAGGAGUUUCAGGAUCGAGCUAGAGAAGAUAUUUUAAGGGCUAUUGCAGUGCAUGGUUGGGGCUAUGAGGCUGUAAAUGAUAUGAAGUAUUUGGAUCAAUGUCUUUCGGAGACUCUGAGACUUCACCCACCAGUAUCUACUAUUGAUAGGAUCACAUCAGAAGAGUAUAAGAUUCCCGGAACUGAUAUUACCCUAGAGAGUGGAACACCUAUUUACAUAUCGUUAUAUGGACUUCAGGAUGAUCCCAGAUUUUUCGAAGAUGCAGAAUCGUUUAAUCCCGAGCGUUUUCGAAAAGGCGAGCAAAUUUCAAAGGCCUAUAUGCCGUUCGGUAUUGGCCCAAGACUGUGUGUUGGUUUUAAGUUGGGGCUACUACUUUCGAAGACAGUAUUGGCGAUAAUCCUAAAAAACUUUGAAAUUUAUCAAGAUCCACAAGACGCAUAUUAUCUGGAUCCACGAUCGACGUUGACAACUGCUGCCAAUGGCAUUGUUUUACACUUGCGUAAACUCGAGACAUAACGUAUGUGUAAAUAUUCUAGUUCAAAUAAAUCACUAGCGAAGUGGUAAAACGAGAUAAAUGAGUUCUGAUUAUUGACUAGGUUUCAAUGAAUAUCUCGAAAUCUAGAGAAGAUAGCCAAAUUUUCAUUGAUACCUUCCUUGUGCGGCGAAUGGAGAACUACAAUAAAUGUAAUGACACUCAUUCCGCUAUCACUCUUAGAUUCAGAGAUAUCGAUCAAAAACUCGGCUCAGAGAUAAAUCAAUUUAUUUGGUUUUACCAUUUCGCUACUGAUAUGAGACCCAUUAUUUUUGUAUAACUUAAUUUUCACUCCUGUGUGGAACGUCUUAUCUCGUUUUAAAGGCUGGACAAUGAUUUUAUGAACUUCUGAAACAAUCGGACUUCAUCUUCAGUUUUCCUAGAGAAAUAUAACAUAAUAAUAAAUGUCUGUACGGAAAUAUUUUUAUGUAAAGUACAUAAAAAACGUUUAUAAGUAAAGAACAUUCCCAUGAAUGGGAUUACGUACUGAUGUUUUGAAAUGUUUGAAAAAUCAGUGCUGAGAUGGGACCUUAGCGGACCGAACCAAGUUGCGGAAAUUAUUGCUCUUUGGGCCCAGUGACGGGAUAGUAUGGUACAUUACAAGUGUGAAAAAGGGGCAUUUUUAAAGUCGUAUGUUAUAGUAUAUUUCAACACAAGUGCGACGGGGUGGCAACGAGUGUGAAGUUGCGAUCACUUGGCUGAUCGCAACCCCACCAAGUGCUACGCAACUUUAAGACAGAAUUUUACUUUUUCCGAAAAUCACCAUUUUUGGGGAAGAUACCUGACGUUAAAGAUAUCUUUACUAGAUUUUUGACGGAAUAUAUGGAUGAGAAAAUGUUUAAACAAUCCUCACCUUGAGUUUAGACUGAACUUCGACAUUGUAAUCAUUUUAAUAUUUGUAAUUGUAAUAUUUUUUGACGAAAAAGCAUAGGAUAUAUCAUUAACUGAAUAUUAAAAAUUGAAAAAUGAAAUAGUCACAUGAAGAUUCUUUCAUUUUCCAGGUGUGAUGUUUCGUUUUUUCGGUUGCAUUAUUCAAAUGUAUUGUGCAUUGUGACGAAGGUGGACUGUUUCACAGCAGUUAAAAUUCAGAGUCAUUGAGAUCAAUUAGAUUUAAAAGAAAUCAGUAAUAUUUUGUGUAAUACUAACCGUGACUGUUUUUUAUCAAAUAUAUUAAUUGCCAUGCGGAAUA